ACAAACCAGCUGGCUGCUACAAACCGGGAAAUGACUUGAUGAAGACAACACAGCAGGAGCAGAACCUGCCACAUCCCUCCAUCAAGGGAAUGAGCGCAGAGGAGCAGGACCGGCUGCGCGCCCUCUUUCACGCCUACGACGUGGACAACUCUGGGCGGAUCGAGAGGAACGAGUUUCUGACUAUCUGCGCGGAGCUGCAGGUGCCCGCGGCUGAGGCGGACAAGAUCUUUAACCGGCUGGACGUCGAUAACGACGGAACCGUCACCCUGCUUGAGUUCAUCAGUGGCUUCCACGACCGCUACGGAGAGGACAUGGAGACGGACGGAGCAGACGUGUCCGCCGCCUGGGAGAACUUCGAGGGGAGACUGGGCGAGCAGGCCAAGUUCAUCCCCAGGAAUGAACAAGCAGCAACAUUGUACCAGAACAUCAGUCUGACUGAGCCCCGGCUGAUACCUCAGUUUGAGAAAGUCAUCUUAAACUUCACCAAAGAGAUCAAACAGCAGAACUCUGAGAUGGAGAACCUGGCCCUUGCCAUCAAACGAGCGCAGGACCAAGCGUCGAUGCAGCUCAGUGAGAUGGAAGAGGAGAUGGACCAACGCAUUCAUGCUGCUGAGAGAAAAACACGGGAGCAGGAGAAGAAGCGCACAGAAGCCGCUCUGAGUGAGCUGCGAAGAAAUUAUGAAACCGAAGUGUGUGAGCUGCAGUGUAAGAUCCAGAGGAUGCAGAUGAUAGAGGAGAAGUACAACAACAUCACUGUGAAAGACGAGAGCCCAGCUUUGAAGAAGAAGAUCAACGAGCUGACAUUGGAGAAUCAGCGGUUAAAACAGGAGCUGAUGCGGUCUCAGACCAAAGUGGCCUGUCUGCAGAGUGAGAUGGACUCGCUGAAGACGGAGCUGACCGAUCAAAGCAUCAACUCUGAAAGAGACGAGGAGCUCAUGAAACAUUUCUCUGAUGAGCGAGACAUCCUGGAGAGCCAGAUCGAGAUUCUGCAGACAGCCAACAGAAAGCUCCAUGACAGCAACGAUGGCCUGAGGACGGCUUUGGAGAGGGUCACCAAGUCUGGUAACGGUGGGUCACCGGGAGACUUAAAGGACAGAAGCAGAAGUAAAAGCAUCUGCUACUCGUCACCAUAUGCAUUAAUGGACAGGUUCUGCCAGCGUAUGGAAGAUUUCCCCAUGUACAGCCGCCGGCCCAGCUGUGACACCCUGGCCUUGGCCAUGUGUGACCCAGGCCUGAGGCGCAGACACAGCAGCGAGUGCGAGGAAGACAGUCUGCCAGAGAGCUACAUGGACAGCGGCCUGUCGACACUCAGAGGCUCACACGGAGGUUAUGACUCAGAGCAGGAGACCAAAUGUCAAGAGGAAGAAGAAGAGGAGGAAGUGGAAGAGAGGGACAAGAAAAAAGGGGAUGAUGACAACAAUGAUAGCUUGAUUGAAGAAAACUCCGACACUGAGCUAACAGAAACACAAGAUGGUGAAUCAGCAUUCGGGUCGGACAGCAGUUCGGUUUUGGACUGGAAACCAUCUGAACCCGUUAGUGUGAUCACACCCCCGGCACCAACGACACGAAAAGCCCUCAGUGCCAUCAGUGUUCAGAAGGAGGACAACAGCACUGACCUGGGCUACAUGACAUCAGAGAAGGCCUACAGGAUCGUUUUGGCGGGAGAUGCCGCUGUGGGAAAGUCAAGCUUCUUGCUUCGCCUCUGCAAGAACGAAUUCAAAUUAAACUCCAGCGCUACUCUGGGUGUGGAUUUCCAGAUGAAGACACUAAUUGUGGAUGGAGAGCCCACUUUACUACAAUUAUGGGACACUGCAGGACAGGAGAGGUUUCGGAGCAUUGCAAAGUCUUACUUUCGACGAGCGGAUGGUGUGUUGCUGCUGUACGACGUCACCUGUGAGAAGAGCUUCCUUAACGUCAGAGAGUGGGUGGACAUGAUUGAGGAUGUGUCUCAGGAGGAUAUUCCCAUCAUGCUCGUAGGUAACAAGUGUGACCUCAGACAAGAUGGAGUCAGCAGUGUCCCCACCAGCUAUGGAGAAAAACUGGCUAUGACAUACAACACUCUGUUCUGUGAAACCAGCGCCAAAGAUGGCUCCAACAUCCUGGAAGCUGUGCUGCACCUGGCCAGGCAAGUUACAACACAUGCUGCUUUUGACGACAAAAGUCGUUACCAGUCGCUGCCCAGCUUGGAUGCUCCGAGGAAUAAACCAAACUUCUCCUGCUGCACUUGAUCAAACUCACCAGAGCUGGACCUCUGUUUCUGAACUCAGCACAAGUGGAACGAGGAAAAUAAAAGCAGAAACCUGACCAAACAGAAAUAAGACACAACCUGUGCAGAAGUACGACACCAGGAACAAAUCAUCAUAAUUCUGAAUAACCAAAACAAUCUAACACAUGGAUAAAGUGAGCAAAUAAGUGACAUGGGAUCACAACAGAAUAUCCACAACGUCACAUCAGAGCUACUUCUUACUGUGCAACAAAAUUACUCUACAAAAUGCUUCACUCAGUUUUGAUCUGAAGGAAAAUUCAGAUUAUUUUUUUGUUAUUUAAGGUUAUUUAAACAUGUGUUGAGCUGCUUUCCAGCCACAACUUGAUGUCUUAAUGUUUUGUAUUUUAUGUUUAUUUCAGUGUAAACUUCUUGCCAUUUGAAACUUGUUUUUAUUUUUGUUUGUUAUGCUAUUACACAUAUUUGCAUAUUUUCCUUCCAUGUAUUUCUGAUGAUUUGCCCAGGCGGGCACAAGUCUGGCAUGAAAGGAGAAAGACAGCUGUGAAAGUGAAGUAAAAUGUGAGAGAAGGAUUUGAAAGUGAAGCCAAGUAGUAUGCGAGCACAUUUUUAAAGUGACAUUAGUAUGUGACGCUGACAGAUAGUUGUAUGUGAUUGAGGACAUUUGCUUAAUAUUCUAACAGCAUAUUGUUAUGACGAGGAAAAUAAGAGGAAUAAGAAUUGAUUCUUAUGUGGUUAUGCUUUUAACUGUGGCACUUAUCUCGUUAUUGCUGAGCUCGGUUACUGUUGGCGUAAGUGCUCGGUUGAAAUGACAUCAUGUUGGUGGCCCCAAAAGAAACAGAAGUCAGGAUGUCAGACUUUAUUGCAACAUGGAGACGCUGAGAGUUCUGGAGAACUUAAAGCCUCAUCUUUGUUCAUAUAUAAUGAGCUGUGGUGCAAUGCGUGGUUGUACAAGACUUUAUGCUAAUUCCACAACCCUCCGUCUUUAUUAUAUUACCCUACAGUGUUACACUUGUUUUAAUUUGACCUCCAAUGAGGAUGGAAUUGUGUUAAAGAAUUUAUAUUUUUGAAGCAGAUUAAUUUUCAAUCUGCUUGAAUGCUUUAAAUAACUACUGUAAACAGAUAACUACUUGUCUAGUAUGAAUAGUGAUAAAUGGACAAGCACAAAAGAGAGGUGGCAGGAAGCAGAUCUCUUAUCUUCGUCCCUUAGAUACAGUAGAUGACCUCUAAUUCUGUAUGGAUGUGUACAUGUGAUCUUGGAAAAUUGUCACUGCUGAUGUUAACGAGAAUGUCUUAUAAUUGUGUCCUAACUAUAGUGCCAUAUUAUACAUUUAAGCCUGUUGAAGAGCAGCGUUUAAAGGUGUCAGUAUGCAUCAAAUGAGGUGCUUGUCGGAUGCUCAAAUAGCAUCUGAGCACCCCUGUACCCUUCUCCCCCCAACCCGACAUCCACACACACACACACACACACACACCUUUCUGAUAUUGGAAAUGGGGACACUUUUCUGACAAAUACUGUGACAUUUCAAAACUGACAAAUACCCACUUCACGCAGAUUGGCCAGGUGUAAGGAGGUGAAAAACUGGGCAGGAUUUCUCGCAAGCUCUCUUUUCUCCACACAACUACUUUUGUACAAACAAGUUAAACACCAUAAAUGUCUUUGUGGUGACACGGUUUGAAAAUGUGUGCUUUAAUCCCCUUUUGUAUGAUCAAGUCCCAGCCAUUUCUAGUCAUUUUACCUUUUAUUUGACAUCACUUAUCCAAACUCAUUCAUUUGAUUCAUACUGAACCAUUAAAACUGUGUUUUCAGACACCAUGUGGGUCACAGUCCUGUUUCCAAUGGUUCCUGUAUGACUGACAUGUUGUCGUACACCUGACUCUCAAUGUCAGACUGUGUCCUUCAUUUGUUUGGAGUCUGAAGUUUAAAAUAAUCCCUGGUAAUCUAAAUUUUUCACACAACCUGUUGCUGAGCUAUUUGUUUCCACACAGAUUAAACUUCUUUGUGCGUAGAUGCCAUUAUUAAUGUUGUGAGUGGUGCAACUGUGAAGCACCUCCUUUGCAACUUG